GGUAACAAGGGUGGAGUGAGCGUGCGCCUAGCGGCCUUCGGGCACAUGCUCUGCUUCCUGAACUGCCACCUGCCAGCCCACAUGGACAAGGCCGAGCAGCGCAAGGACAACUUUCAAACCAUCCUUAGCCUUCAGCAGUUCCAGGGCCCCGGAGCGCACGGCAUCCUAGAUCACGACCUUGUGUUCUGGUUUGGGGACCUGAACUUCCGCAUCGAGAGCUAUGACCUGCACUUUGUCAAAUUCGCCAUCGACAGCGACCAGCUCCAUCAGCUCUGGGAAAAGGACCAGCUCAACAUGGCCAAGAACACAUGGCCCAUCCUGAAGGGCUUCCAGGAGGGACCCCUUAACUUUGCUCCCACCUUCAAGUUUGACGUGGGCACUAACAAAUACGACACCAGUGCAAAGAAGAGGAAGCCAGCCUGGACAGACCGUAUCCUGUGGAAGGUCAAGGCUCCAGGUGGAGGCCCCAGCCCCUCAGGACGGGAGAGCCAUCGGCUCCAGGUGACCCAGCACAGCUACCGAAGCCAUAUGGAAUAUACAGUCAGUGACCACAAGCCAGUGGCUGCCCAGUUUGUCCUACAG